CCUCCCAACGCGUGUGUCAUGGAGGUGUGCUUUUCCCCCCUUCCCCCUUCCCUGCCCAGAAGCACUCAUAUACGGUACUAUAGCACGACAGGCAGGCAGCAAAUACUCACGGCUACGGUAUCCUCUCCGUCUGUCUACAUCCACGACACACCGACCCCUUCAUCUUCCAAAGUCUCUCCCCCCGCGUGUCGUCGCUAUCCAUGCAGGAAGAUGGGUCCCGACGAUGGGUGAUCUUGGGUUUGGGGUGUAUGCUGCUUGUUGGGACGAACUAUGCGUACGACGCCCCAGCCUCCCUCGCCCUACUCCUCGCCACCUACCUCCACGAAACCCCCGCAGAGCACCAGUAUACCCUCUCCACCCUCUACGCGCUCUACUCGCUUCCAAACACAAUCCUUCCCUUCUACGGCGGCCGACUUGUGGAUUCGAUGGGGACAAAACGCAUGAUGCUGUGGUGUGCGGGGUUGGUGGUUGUGGGGCAGGGCGUGUUUGCUGUGGGCGUGCAGAGGAGGGUGAAGAUGGGGAUGUGGAUGGGACGAUUGUUGUUCGGAGUAGGGGCAGAGACAUUGGGUGUUGUGCAAACCCGCUUAACAACAAAAUACUUCCUCCACAAAGAACUAGCCCUUUCCCUCGGCCUCGAACUCUCCAUUGCGCGUCUCGGCUCCGUCCUCAACGACCUCAUCACCCCCCACCUUGGCGCACGCCUCUCGGUGCCCAUCGCUGUCUGGGCAGGCUUUCUGUCCUGCGUCCUCUCGUUUGUCUGCGCUAUCUUACUCGCGCGGUUGGAUGAUUUGCCGGAAAGUAGGGAUGGCGAGGCGAGUGGUGGGAGCAUGAGAGAGGCGGUCAAGAGUUAUCCGAGAGCGUUUUGGACGAUAUGUGCGGUGAUGUGUGUGUUGUAUGCGACCAUGGUGCCGUUCAAUACGGUCCAUGCGGGGUUUCUGCAGACGAGGUGGUAUCCUGGGGAUCCUGAGAAAGCCGCCCAACUCUCAUCCAUCCCCGACACCCUCUCCGCCCUCCUCGUCCCUCUCGUCGGGCACCUCACCGACACCCACGGCCACCGCACCACCUCCCUCCUCGCUUGCGCCGCCCUGAUCCUCGCCGUGCACACCUUCCUCGGCCUCGCACCGUUCGAAUGGACGCCAAUACCUGCGCUGGCCAUGCUGGGGCCGGCGUAUGCGCUGUUGUUGAGUGUGUGGCCUUGUGUGGCGAUUGUGGUGGGGGGGAGAGGGGGUGGGUUGGCUUUCGGAAUAACAACAUCGCUCCUCAACAUCUCCCUAACCCUCUUCCCGCUCAUCGUCGCGCGUCUCAUCGUGCUCGACGGGACAUACACGCUCGCCGAGCUCUUUUUCGCAAGCUGUGCGGCCGCUGGGGUGGUGUUGACCUGUGUGCUUAUGACGGAUCGGGAGUGGGGGGCGGCUUUGCAGAGGAGGGGGGCUGUGGACGGUGCGGAUGCGAAUGGGAAUGGGGAAGGGGACGUGGGGCUGAGGACGAGGGGGAUGAGAGGGGAGUAUAUGGGGCUGGAGGAUAUGGAGUGAGGCGAGGGGGAUGAGGAGGUUGAUAUCCAUGCAUAGUCGGAAGUCUGAGUGAAUUUUCGAGUAAAGCUGCCUAACGCUGGGAAAAUGCUUGGACUGUGACGGCUCAGUUGCCUUUGUUCCAAACGACAACUGGAUUUUCCAACGUUUCCAACCGGACGCCCUUCUUCUCCUUCAUGUAAUUGCGUAGUAUAUGUGGUCUGAACUCCGAGUCUGAACUCCGACUCGGGCAAGAGGGGACGUGUACGGCUGUAUUACGGCUUUUUGGCCGGAAAUCAUUUAUCAUACCCU